AUGCCUUCUUCCUCGACCUACCCACCUCUUGACAUCCCCAAUGUCGGACUAUGGGACUUCAUGUUUGAGAGGAAGAACAGAGACUUUCCAGACGAUAAGGUCAUUUACGUCGACCCAUACACGAACCGCUCCUACACCUACGCCGAAACAAAGCAGACAGCGACCGACUUUGGCAAGGGAUUGAAAGGCUUUUGGGAUUGGCAGAAGGGCGAUGUGCUAGCACUCUAUACACCAAAUUGCAUCGACACACCAGCCAUCACAUGGGGAGUACAUUUCGCUGGAGGCAUUGUCUCGCCUGCCAACCCGGGAUAUACAGAAGAUGAGCUGGCAUAUCAGCUGAAGGACAGUGGUGCAAAAGCUCUCUUGACGCAGCUGCCGCAGCUCGAUAUCGCAGUAAGAGCGGCGAAGAAGGCCGGCAUACCAGAUGACCGCAUUGCAUUGGUCGGCGACGAGAGACAUCCGAGCGGCAAGUACAAGCACUUCACCAAUGUGCGAAACAUCUCCGGCACCCAGCGGUUCCGCCGAGCCAAGGUCAACCCAGACACGGACCUUGCAUUCCUCGUAUACUCAUCUGGCACAACUGGUCUGCCCAAGGGCGUCAUGCUGAGCCAUCGCAACAUCGUUGCCAACACGCUGCAGAUCACAACCGGAGAGGCGCCUCUGACAUGGCAGAAGGACUCCGUCCUGGCAUUCUUACCGUUUUUCCACAUCUACGGCUUGACUUGCUUGAUUCACCAAUCCUUCUACCGUGGCCUCAAGUGUGUUGUCAUGCCCAAGUUCGACCUCGAGAAAUGGUGCAAGAUCGUCCAAGACCACAAGAUUACAAUGUCAUACGUUGUUCCUCCCGUUGUCCUCGGUCUGACAAAGCACCCACUCGUCGACAAAUUCGACCUCUCUUCCCUCCGCAUGAUGAACUCUGGCGCCGCUCCUCUGACCAAAGACCUCGUAGAAGCAACCUACAAACGCAUCAAAGUCCCCAUCAAGCAAGGCUACGGUCUCUCAGAAACCAGUCCGACCACACACACCCAGCUCUGGGAAGACUGGCAGACCACGAUUGGCAGUGUGGGAAUUCUCCUGCCUGGUAUGACGGCGAAGUAUAUGUCCCCAGAAGAGAAGGAACUACCACAAGGCGAAGUCGGCGAGCUCUGGCUUCACGGUCCUAACGUCUUCAAGGGCUACCUAAACAACCCCGAAGGCACCAAGAACGCUCUCACAGAAGACGGCUACUUCAAGACCGGCGACGUCGGCUACCAAGAUAAGAAUGGAAACUUCUACAUCACAGAUCGUGUCAAGGAGCUCAUCAAAUACAAAGGAUUCCAGGUUCCACCUGCAGAACUCGAAGGCUACCUCGCCGCGCACGAUAAGAUCGAUGAUGUAGCAGUUCUCGGUGUGUUCAAAGAGGAGCUGGCUACGGAAGUGCCUUUGGCAUAUGUCGUGCCCAAGGCAGGCGUCGAGCCAGGACCAAAGUUAGAGAAGGAGAUUGUGGACUGGAUUGCCAAGAAGGUGGCGAAUCACAAAAAGCUUCGAGGUGGAGUGAAGUUCACGAAUGAGAUCCCGAAGAGUGCGGCAGGGAAGAUUUUGAGGCGGAUGCUGAAGGUGAAGCACCAGGAGGAGGAAGUGAAGGCGUUGGCGCCGCCAAAGGCGAAGUUGUAA